GAUAUUGAUGAAUGCUCAACAGGGAAGCACCAAUGCACUGGUAUCUGUGUCAACACACCUGGUUCCUAUAACUGCUCGUGUUAUGAAGGGGCAAAGUUGCAGAAUGAUCAAAGAAGUUGUAUAGGUACAAAGAUACUUUUUGCUUCAUUUUUGUUCUAAACUUGCCUAUCUAUACCACAACAAUCUUAUUUGGAAUCCCUUGGUUAGGAUGUAAACCUUAGAAAUUGUAUUUAAUUAGCAAAGAAUACAAAAGUAAGUUAGGUUAUUCUGUAACCAGUUGCUUCUUUUUUUUUUUUUGCCGCCCCAUUAAAAAAAACAAAAAACAACCACCCUACGACUUGACAAAAAUGCCGCCCCCUCAAUGUAAAGAAAUAAGUGCUGCCCCCUUCCAACAACAGUCUGGGCAUUUUAAAUGCGUUUGAGUGAGCUCUUUUUGUGGAUAAGCUAGAUAUUUUAUGAUAAACUUCACAGAUUAAUGUCAUCUGAUGGUUUUAAAUCAUUGUUCAUUGAUUCCCAUUUUUCUUUUUCAAGUGGAGCUGAUUCACAAUCAUAGUUUUAUUUUUUUUGUUUCAUCCAGCAUAUCUGCAGAACUGUUUCGUUCAUUUCUCUUUUUUUUUUUAAUAGAAUGUGAUAAAUACCACUGGGGACCUGCCUGUGUCAAUGAAUGCAACUGCUCUCUGAAUGGCACAGCUCAAUGCAGCCGUGUCACUGGGUGUGUAUGCAGGCCAGGAUGGGCAGGGCAAACAUGCUCCAGUGACAUUGAUGAAUGUUCUGCAGUAGUCCCACCCUGCCCCAGCUUAUCCAACUGCAUAAAUACACCAGGAUCUUACCGUUGUCAGUGUAGGGUGGGGUAUCAGCUGAUAAACAACACUUGUGUUGGUAAGUUCCAGAGAUGGAUUUCGUCAGUGUAGUGUGUGUAUCAGAUCAGCUGAUGAAGAAAAACCUGUGUUGCUAAGUUGUAGAGAUGGAAUAAGGCUGUUCCAUCUGCUUUAUUUAGCCUAAAAAUGAUUUUCGGUUUCAAUGUCAUCAUUCAUUUGUUAUUGUUUUUUUUAACAAAUAACCCAUGGCACUCAUCUUUAUUGCAAGCUGGUACAAAAUCAUUAACCACUUCAUUACCGCAGGGUUUUGGCAUCGAUUUUUUGCUUACUCAGCAACAAAAAACUUAAAGAAAAAAGAUGAAAUUUUCGGUAUAGUUCAUUCUAUCUGAUUCGAUUUUUAUCUUCUCUAUAGAUAAAUGAAUAAGGAAAUAUAUAGCAUUGAAAUUUGAUGUCGACGUGACGUCCUUGGUAUUUCAGAAAAGUUCUUACAUUUUUGUUAUGACAUCGAUGUGAUUUCCUUAGUAAUUGAAAGUGGGUGAUUUGUGACGUCGUGAGUCGACGUCAUCGGUAAUGAAGUGGUCAAUAUAGGAACCAUAUUAGAAUCUGCUUAUGCUUUUACAUUCUCAUCUGCUUGAAGGGGAUUUCUUAAAACUUCUAUUAAUAUUAAUGUAAAGCUUCUAAUUUGGAAGACAAUGAAUGGAUAAAUCAGUUGAUAGCUAAAGACCUAACCAAAGAUUUAAAUGAUAUUACAACAUAAAUUGAAGCUGGACUCAUUGAUUUUUUAAAUUCUCUUAUUUUAAUUUUUUUUUUCCUUCCAGAUAUUGAUGAAUGUUCUAGUGGCUCUCCUUGCUAUUUCAAAUGUACUAAUACAAUGGGAAGCUACUCUUGUUCGUGUCCACCAGGGUUCAGAGUUGAAGAAAAUAAAUGUACAGGUCAGAUUGGUUAUGAAAUGUUGACAUCUGAAAAGUUUGUCUUUGAAAAUUAGACGCAAUAUUUUGUUUUACUGUUGUACCCUAAACAAAAAAAAAGGGAAAACACUUGUCAAUGGAUUUAUAUUUUACUUUGUGACGAUUCAUUUUGACAAGCCUUAUAUUAGAAGAUCUACUGUGCAAAGUUGAAAAAAAAAAAAAGAAACUUAUGUCUGUGUGCAUGUAUCAUUUUAAAAUAUGUGCAUCAAGUUUUAAUUUUUGUAUUUUUCUGUAAGUUUGAUCCUGAAGUUUUUCUAAUGUUAAGUUAACCCACUUUUUUUAUUGUUGAUUUUUUUUUUUUUUUUUUCUUGCAAUGAUUAAUUUUAGUCCAUCAAAAAUGUCAUUUGUUUCUGAAAACUUGUUCCGACGACAGAUAUUGAUGAGUGCGCUGUUGACCAUUUAAACAACUGUGACCAGAACUGCAGGAACACAAAUGGGAACUUUGCCUGCGAGUGC